AGACUCGGCUCCUCCACUCAACGGCGAGGUUUGUGUUGGUGGCUCUCCUCUACGGCGACCUCUCUCUGUCGGUGGAUCUACUCGACGACGAAAGGCGACUUCUCUCCCAUCUGUGGCUCGCCUCUCUCUCUCUCUCUCUCUCUCUCUCUCUCUCUCUCUCUCUGUUGUCGCUUCUCGUCAGCGAUCUCUGGCUCGGUGGCUCUCGUGGACGGCGACGGACCUAUCUCUCGGUGUCUCACCGCGAAUCGAAAGUUCCUCGACGGCGACGGACAUCUCAAUCUCGGUGCCUCUCCUCCAAUUGAAAGCUAAAGAUGGAUGGAACAAACGAUUCUAAAUUGAUUUGUACUUUGUGUCUGAAGCUCCAAUUAACAAAGUUCAUUGAACAAAGGAGUAGAAGGCAAUACAGGCCCAAACUAAAGAAAUGAAAUCGCCCCAAAGUGGGCCCAUAAUAUUGGGGGAUAGAUAGAAGAUUGUUAGGCGAGAGAAAACCCUAAAGAGAAACUGAGGCAGAGAGAGAGAGAGAGAGAGAGAGAGAGAGAGAGAGAGAGAAUGGAGGAGAUGAUGAAAACGACCAAGGCAGAGGAAGAUUUGGUGCAGGCGAAGGAGUUGGUGCAGGCGAAGAUGCGCCGUGAGAUUACGAAGCUCGAUGAUGAGGAGCUUUGGGCAGAAUUGGAACCGUUGGAAAUUGAUAGGAUCGUGUCUGGUGAAAUCAAACCCAAGACCUUGAUCAGUAAUUGUGGUUGGUUCCACUCUCCGCAAUUUCGUGCUAGGGGGCCUUUAAUUGUCAAGGAGAUGCUCUCAGUGUUCCCUAAUUCUACUUACAUUAAGUGGAAGAGAAGGUGGAUCCCCAACUCGCUAAAAGACCUGAUAAGAAUAGCAAAAGAGAGAGAGUGUACAUCUCUCGUUCUCGUUGAUACAAACCCUUUGGGACAUGAUGAAAUAUGUAUUGUAAGCUUGUUGAAUGGUGCUGCCGCUUAUUUCAGGAUUUUUAAUCUCAUCCCACGUGAGGAUAUACCGGAUCAAGCUAACCCCCCGACACGCCUCGAUCCUUAUGUUCAUAUGGCACGUUUUACUUCUCAGGCCGGCCUUGGCCUUAGCAGAUUGAUACAAUCACUCUUCCCCAAGGCCACUCAUUCCAGAACCAACAAACCCCGUCAAAUGAACCGUGCAUUUUUCCAGUACCAAGAUGGUUUUGUUUUUUACCGACAUCAUUGGCUCCGCUCUGAGAAAGCAGCCCUUUCAGAAGAAAGGCCAAAGCUCAUCCGGAAGGAAGUUGGACCUAGUUUCCAACUGUUGUUUAAAGGUGUGAAGAAGGUAUCACUUGACACGGGGAGUUUAAAACUUAUCUGCAUGCCUCCUGCCUCUCAUUAUGACUACCCAGAACGUCAGCUUAUGAUUCCGCCUAUUUAAUAUGCUCUCUCAUGUGUUUUUUUUUUCUGUACAACAAAAACAAAACUUAUGGUUAUUUAUGUCUGCGGUAGUAUUCUGACAUGGUCUUUUGCCUUGGGGUCGUUUCUAUUGGCCCUUUUUCUUAGAAACUAAAAUGAGAAAAAAGAGGUGAUUCUGUUUCUUUUUAA